CCUCCGCCCGGAGCCGCGCAUGCGCAGGGCGGCGGGGCCGGCGCCCGGAGCGGCGGGAGGAGGAGGAGGAGGAGGAGGAGAAGGAGGAAAAAGAGGAGGAAAAGGAAAAAGGAGGAGGAGCGCACGGUGUCCUGUAGCAUGGCAGGUGAAGAAGACUUCUUUCUGGAGGAGAAGACAUUCAGGCAGUUCUGUGAGGACUUUGUUAAGCACUCGCAGCAGAUAGGAGAUGGCUGGGAGUGGAGAGCUAGCAAGGACCUUGGUGAUGGUUAUCUUAGUAAGACACAUUUCCAAGUAAGAAACAGACACGUCCCACCAGACCUCAAGGAGAAAAACAAUGAUAACACUGAACAAAUGUUAUUUGCACAUGUAGAAGAGCCCUCGGAUGACUCUGAGGCCGCCGGGGUGUGCAGCACGGAAGAAGUGGUUCGCUAUGAGUACCACGUCCUCUACUCCAGCAGCUACCAAGUGCCUGUGCUGUAUUUCAGAGCGUGCUUCUUGGAUGGAAGGCCUUUAACUCUGGAUGAAAUAUGGGGAAGUGUUCAUGCAUCCUACCAGGCUCGUCUGCAGGAGGGGCCCUGGGACACUAUUACACAGCAGGAGCACCCCAUCCUCGGGCAGCCUUUCUUUGUCCUGCACCCCUGUCGAACCAAUGAAUUCAUCUCUGCUGUGCUGAGAGGCUCCCAGGAGCACCACAGAAACACAAAUUACAUCACACUGUGGCUCAGCACUGUAGGCCCAGUUGUGGGCCUGAAUCUGCCUUUGAGUUAUGCAAAACUGGCACCUGAGCAGAGCACAGCUGUGGCUGAAAGAGCCCUGAGCUGAAGGACUGGGAGUGGUUAGGCUGGGAUAAAGCUGCUGCAGACUUCCCUGGGGAUGAAGUGGAAGGGUCCUGCUCAGCCAUGCCAGAGUGGAAGUGGUUGCUCAUGGCUUUUCCUGUGGCCAGAACUCGCCACAGAUGACGGUGGGAAUUGGCUGCUGCUGUGGGAGCACCUCCUCAGCACCACCCAGACCUGACCUGCCCUGAAGGCACUCAUCUCCUGCCUCCUGUGCCCUUGCUGAGGCUGCACACAGAUGCACAAGCCAGAGAUCUGGAUCCACUGACCUUACCUGUAGAAAAUCUGCACCAUUGUGGGGCAGAAAAAGCAGUAUAAACACACAAAAAUACACAUGGGAUGUGGUGUGAGCUUGUGGCAGCCAGGCUGGGGGCUGAGACUGCUUCACCUGGGAGCCACCUUCUCCAGCAGAGCCUGGUGAGGGACCAGCCCAUGUUCCCCAGCACACAGAACAUCCUCAUCCCGGGAAUAUCCCCCACACAUCACACCUCAGGGAGCAGACAGAGCCGCUGGAGCUGCACGGGGUGAGCAGGUCCAGCUCUGGAGCAGCCGUGUGGGAACAUCUGGCUCUGCCGAGCUCUGCUGCCUGCCAGGGAAGCUCUGCGUGCCCCUGGGAGCUGCUGUUGUUCCCAGUUAGUGUUUCUCCUGGUAGCUGUGGUUGUUCACAGGUUUGCUCCCUACCCUGCGCUGCUUCUGCAGCCUCCCCUGACAGCUGUUGGGUUCUGGGGGAUUGCCUGGUGGUGCUGCCACGGAGAGGCAGAUGAUGAGGAGCUUCCCUACCACCCAUCCUGGCUUCUCUCCCACUCCCAUUUUAUGUGCAGUGUGAAACAGAGUCUGAGCAGCUGGCACUGGGGCACAGGUUUCACUCUGCACAUCCAGCAAUUGUCACUCGCACGCAGAGUCGAGGCUGUGCCACAGUGUGAAAUGCAUCCAGAUUCUGCUUUCUCAAAUUACGUUUUUAACUUCCAUUACUUGCCAUUGGUGGACAUGGGAUGCAGAGUGCAGUCCUCCAAAUUCCGUGGUCGCAGAAUUUGUUUGCCCGAUGUUUGUAAUUAAUAAUGAAAGCACACAGUUUAUUUUGUUCUGUGUCAUAUCAACCUGAAAAGCCAUUUUUCCCAUGUAAGAUUUACAAAAUAUGGCCCACAGCUACAAUGAUUUCGUUAACACUUUUGGUAACACAUGCUUGAUAAUUGCAUCCAAGUUUUUAAAUGUAAGUGAGACUUAGACAAGAGGAAGAGCCAACAAAAAGAGGUAACAGCAGGUUUAAGAGCUGUCAAAUCCUCACCCCUGCUCUGUGAUCUUCACUUGGGUUACCCUGGAACAGUAGAAGCACUCAGCCUUCAAAAUGUGGAAUUUAUAUGUAAAGGAAAAUAAAUAUUUUCAUUUUACAUGGAACAAGUCUCAACACCCGAUGCUUUCUACUUUAAGUCACCAUUUGCAAACAAAGAAGAGGAUCGUUUGACCAGGGCAUUACACUGGGCUCAAACAAGGAGGUGACAGUGCUAUGUGUUAUCAGUAUCAAAGUUUCCCUGAAAUUUGCCUGGAAAACCAAAAUUCAGCUUGGUUAGUACAAAUACAUGGAGGUUGGAUACAGAAACAAAUGCAGGCUAACAUAAAUAUUUGGGACCAAGAGGAUAAAAAAGUCCAUUUCUGUAUCUCCUUUUUAAUGGCUGGGUGGGAGGAGGGCACCCAAUUUCCUGUCUACAUUUAUGCCUUAAUGACCUAGGACAUCUUACUGAAUUUUUAUACAUGAAAAUUAUAUAUUUGUAUACAUAUAUUUAAUGUGUUAUAAUUGUGAUAUGUGAUAUGAUUAUACAUAUUUUUUUUAGUGUGA